AUGAAAUUCUGGCAGAUUUUUAUAUUUAUAACUCUAGGUUUAUCAAUAGACGUUUUUCUCGUCUACGACAACGCAACCAGCUUAAAUAUGCCUCUUUUCAAAAGCAACCUAGAAUCAAGUUGAAACAAAACCUCAGAAUUUAAUGCAUUAUUUACUGAUUAUACAAUAUUUACACAAAUUUUAAAGGAAAAUCCAGAAAAUAUUCAAAUUGUUAUUGACCUUACCUCAGAUUUCAAGUCACAUUUUUGGAUUUCAAGACAAGCUUUAGAGAACCAUUUUAUUCACAUAACCCAGAAAAAUUAUAAUGAAGCCUAUUCUGACUGGUCUUUUUCUUUGAAUUCAGAUAUAAAUGUUUAUUCAAAAGCAAUAAAAAAUGUUUGAGAUAAUCUUAAUUGAAUGACUGGUGUUGUUUUCCUUUCCCUAAAGAGUUUAUUAAUAAGAGAUAAAGUGUAUACCACUUUAGACAAUGACUUCCAUUAUGUAAUAAUUGAAAGCAAGUCUGGAAUUACUGAAGUUAUUAAUAGAGAUGUAUUUAAACUAGGGAGAAAUUUAUAUUUCGUGUUUACAGAGAGCGAUAUUUCUGAGGAAAUUAUAAGUAAUUUGGUGCAAACCAAGCUUUUGGGCAAGGGUUGCGGUCUAUUUCUUAGCCAGGAGAGUGGCUAUAAAGCCCCAAUAGACGGAUCAUUAAUAUUAGCGUCUAGAGGACAAGAGCAAACUACUUCUUUUCAAGAAUCUUUACAAGCAAAUAUUGUCAAUUUAUUCAUCUCACUUCUUGAUUUUUUGCAAAACAAUAAUUUUUAUAUUGACAGUCCCACUGUCUUAAAAAACGCCUUUAUCUCCUUAUGUGAAAACCAUUUUUGCACAAAUUCUUUCAGUUUAGUGAAUAUUCAGUCAGGUAAACGAGUUUUAAUAGGCGAUGCUUAUUCUAAAAACUUUUCCUCAAUAAUUUUCCCAGGUGGACAAAUUUCAAUUCCUUAUGUUCAGAAAAAAAAAAUUAAUAUGAGCAUAAGUAACGGUAUUCACAAUCCUUUUACUAAUCUUACGAUGCCUUAUUUCCAGGUGCAAUACUUCGGAGUUUAUAUAGCAAUCGACCAAGUUAACAGUGGAGAAGACUUAAUUUCAAAUUUUAUUAUGGAGCCAACAACUUUUGACAGUGGGAAUUCAAUAUAUGAUUUUGAGUUUUCUUAUAAUUCCUUUAGUGAGAAUAUUAAAAAAAUUGGUGUCAUGCAUAUACCACAAAGCUUCACCCCUGUAGUUAUAGGAACAAUGAAAACUUUAAGCGCAUUAAACAUAUAGAAAUUGCCGAUGAUGGCGCAUUGAGCGCCAUCAUCGGGCAACUUUUUUCAGGGUCCACAAUGGAAAAGGGUUACGUGUGGAACCCUUUUUAACACGUGGAGAAUCCUCACUUCCACGCGUCAAAAAGGGUUCCACACGUGGAACCCAUUUCACGUGUGGACCCUUAAAAGACGUUGCCCGAUGAUGGUGCAUUGAGCGCCAUCAUCGGGCAAUCAGUAUAUCAAUCCCAGUUAUAGCAGGACUAUCUAAUGACGCCUCUUUAUCAUUUUCCGAUACUUUUCCUUAUUUUUCAAGAACCACAUUUGACGGUACCUAUGUCGCCAGCCAAUCUUUAAAGCUCCUUUAUACCUUAGGCUGACGAAACUGCGCAAUUUUAUACCAAGACGAAAUUUUUAUGACUUCGGUUUACAACGAAUUUGUAAAAACAGCCAAAGAGUAUCGUUUUAAUAUUUUAAACAGAGAAGAUCUUAGACUUAUUCCCAGUUCUGUAAAAAACUAUACCAGCCUUUUAAAAUAUACCCAUGCAAUGCAAGAAGUAAUUGAUUCCAAUGCGAAGCUGCUAAUUAUCGUUAUGACUGGCUCUAUAAAUCAUUAUAUAAUGGACAUUUUUUAUGAUUUAGGAAUCAGAAAAGGAGACUUUGUUGUGUUUUGAGCAAUAACCGCAUGAAUUAAUAGUAUGUAUAUUCCUCGUGGUGAUAAUUUAACAAAAUCCAUAGAGGUCUCGCUGCCUUCUAUAUCAUUAGACCAGCCAGCAUUUGUAGGAGAAAUUGGUAAAUGAGUAAAUAUUGAACUGACUUCGAAAUAUCAGACAGAAAAUAAUAUUGCUUCAUGCUGGUCUUAUGAUGCUGCAAGACUAGGAAUUAAUGCCCUUGAUUAUAUGACUAACAGAGGUCUAGACUAUACAAAUGGGAGCUUAUUUAUGAGUUAUAUAAGAAAGCAGAAUUUUGUAGGGUGCUCAGGAAAUAUUAGGAUUGAGCCAAAUAGUAAUAACAGAUUUAUUGAUUCUCUUGUAUUAAAAAAUGCUAUAUGAGAUGAAAACAGUAAGAAUGUGAUUUUAGAAGAAGUUGGGAACUGGAGUCCUAUAGGAAAUAAACUGCUGACUAUGAAAAAGUCUAUUAUUUAUUAUGGAAAUUCAACAAAUAAGCCUGAUGAUUUUAGAGUUGUAUUAGAUGGCUGCCCAUUUCCUCAGUCAGCAGUUAAAACUUUUGAGAAAGGCAGGUAUUUAAUUUUUGGGAUAGGAAUUGCGACUGUAAUAUGAAGUUUUUUUAAUAUUUUUUUUAUUUGGAAGCAAUGGAGUCAAAUAGUCGUCCCUGAUCUAACAAGCCGAGAAGAAGUGUCAUACGAAGACUUUAUUAUGGGUUCUACAAUUGUUAUUGAGUUUUUCCAAUUUUUAGCUAUGGGGCCAGGAAUGAAGCCAGUCAGCUCUUUUCUAAAUUAUAUAGGUAAUGCUUUGUCUUUUGACUUUGAUGAUUUUUUUUCACCGAAAAAUGGUGCAUUUUGGAUUAUAAUUGAUUUGGUAUUUGUUGGUGUACUCUUAUGGGUAGUUCUUUCACUAGUGGUGCUUCUUAAUCUGGGGGAAAGAAAAUUUUAUGGUAAAUGAAUAGCUGAAAAGCUUAACAGUUAUGCUGACAAUUUAAUGCCCUUUUUAGGUAAUUGAUGCUUUAUUCCAUUUAUUUCAAUAUUGUUGGAUGUUUUUUGUAUGUGAUGAAUAUUAUCUUAUCUUAUUAAAUUUAUAAUGUUUAACGUCCACUAAGGGGUAGCCUUUCCAGAGCUGCCACCAUAUUUGUCAACAUGUCGGGUCCAUUAACCUCUGGAUCGAUCCACUUUGUUGCACCAGGACACAGGUCGAUACUGCAUUCCGGCUUCAACAGGCUGCGUUGCCUCGUCUCCUUGGCUCAGCUCCUGCGCGUGUUCCGCCUAAGGGUCGCCUUCCUCGGGUGUGUUGAGAGGCAAAAACUUCAAGUCUCUUGAUGCACUUGGAGCGGCGCCCUGGCUUAUCCGCCAAAGUACAAAUGCUAUUGCUGUGCAGAAGUUUCCCUAAAGAAAGCCGAAACCCAUAAAUAAAAUUGCUUGGGGGAGAGGAAAUUAGCGGAGCUCAUUUCACUCGAACCGAAUGUCAUUUUAUUUAAGUAUGUGAUCAAUCAAUAGGUGAUAAUUUUACAGAUAGUUUUAUGAUGAAGGAUUGCUACCAAUUCUGCUGAAAAGAUGAACAUUUAGUAUAUUCUAUCUUCUCUGGGAUUGCCAUUAUUUUGUAUGAGCCACUUGCUAUUUCUUGCAGACCACUGUGGCAAGAAAUGCAGAAUUUAGCUCACGUGAAAUCUAUUCCCCUACACCUGAUGGAAAAGACGAUAAUUCAAGUUAUUUUUAUUGUCCUUAAUAAAACAAUAAAAAGAAUACAAAGACUAGCCCAUGGCCUCAUAUUUACGAUUGUUAUGCUAUGUUUUGCAAUUUUUACAUUAAAAUACAAAGCUUAUAAUUAUGAAAGAUUUAGCUGAUGGCUAUCAUUAAGUCUAUUUGGAGUCUCUUGAGGGUCAUUUUUAGCUACAAUUGAUAAUGAAUUAGGCGACGGGUCCUUUUUCUGAAUUCUUCUUUUGAUUAUUGGCUGAUCUAUAUUAAUAUGUAUUGGAGUUAUAGUGCAAAGAGUGAAAUAUCCUAGCUUAUUAUACCGACCUCAAAAAAUAAACACUGAAAAAUUAUACCAUUUUGCUUUUGCUUUUAGUUCUAGAAUUGAUGAUUAUGAUGAGGUUGGGAGUGUUAAUUUCUUACAAUAA